UUGUGUAAUCUUCUGGGCUAGGGUUUUUCUCCUGUAUCCCUCGUAUACUCUAUAUAUGGUCCUAUUGGGGGGGUCUUAAUUUUUGCCAACUUUACGAAAUUCACUUAACCAUCAGUCAUUGACAGCUCAAUCACUGACAUUGUAUUUUAUAUGUCACUGGCAAAAGGUUAAUUUUUCCCGACCCUUCCCUCUGCUGCUCUGCCCCCGGGAAGAUCAAACUCUGGUCCUAGGGGCGGCCUCGUCAAUCUUCGACUUUUGUUUUCAGUCGCGUCUAGUCGUUAUGCAGGAGCAGUCAAGCUGGUGUCAUGGAGUCCGCACACGGGAAUUCGUCGUCCGCGCACCCGUCCGUCAGACGAAGGGGAAUCUCCGCGCCGCCGGUUAGAGGAGUUCGCGUGCCGUCCACGGCGCGCACCGUCCGUCGUGGGAGCCUGUCGUCACAGUUCCCAUUGGAAUCGACGCAGAGCCGUAUGUCUUCGUCUUUGUCGUCUUCGCGCGAACAUGUGUUUGCUUGUUCGGGAUCUGAGCGUCGUCGCGGCGCUCGUCUGCCCAUCUCCGCACCCAUCCCCGCUAGUCCCUGCUGUCCGCAGGGCCGUCACCCGUACACGCGGCCGGCGGAGCUGUUGUCUGUCGCCCUGUCCGAAUUCAGGGGCGGAAGGAGGGAAGGUACCGACCGACCGUCCGUCUCCAUCCAUCUUCAGGAGCGGAAUGGACGUCCGACCACCGCAAUCCCCAUCUGUGCGGUCAGAGAGGCCAGAGUUUUCAAAGCAAAGUUCAUAGUUGAAGACUUGAAGUACUAUUCUAUGAAGGUUUGAGGUAUUUGCUGAAGUACUGUGUCGUGAAAUCAUUACCUUCUUGUAGAGAUCAUUUUCUACAUCAACAUUUUUUUAAGAGUUAUAUGGUUCAACGGCAUCUUUGAUUUUGGAUGUACUUCGUUUCUUUUAUAUUUUUUUAAGUCUAGUGUAUAGUAUCAACUCUCCAAAUACAAUGACAUUGCAUU